AUGCAGUUUAUUCAAAGCCGCAGAAUCGAAAGAGAUCUGUUUGGUUUGCUCAAUCAAGUCAUCAUGGACAGUGGUUGCACAAACACCACCAUUUGUAAUGGUGAACUCAUGCAUGGACUACGUCAAGCUGAGAAAGAGCUCGAUAUGCACACUAACAUGGGCAGCAAAGUUCUCAAUGAAGAAGGGUUUCUAGGAAGAUUUCCGCCUCCAGUCUAUUAUGAUGAAGACGGAAUUGCCAAUGUACUUGCUAUGCGCGAGAUGAUUGCUGCGGGAUACCGCAUUGCCAUGGAUACUGAUGUUGACAAUGGCUUUGUUGUGCAUCUUGAUGGAGACAGACAGGAGCAACUUGUAGCGAAUGUCGAACCAGGUGCCAAAGAGACAAGUGCAAUGUAUUGUCGCCAGUUAAGCCACAUAAAUAAACAACCCCAUUUUGAACUUUCUUCAAACAAACAGAAUGGAUAUGCUGGACUCAGUAUGACCUCGAAGGUGGCAAUUGUUUGA